GGCUUCAAGCAUCAUCAUCGGUGGACCGUGGACAACUGUGAACAAGCUAAAGUUUACUUUACAGUACUUUACAACAGUCCGACACGCAUCAGUCAUGUCGAAAGCAGAACGCGAAGAUGCUAUAUCAGCCAUUACGUCCAAGAUCUUCUCAGCUAUGUUGGAUGACUUGGCAAUGGAUGCAGCACUGCAAUCGCACCACCAACUUCUGCGUAGUAGAGCAGUUUGUCGCAUAUGUCACACCCGGUGUGGCAUGGUCCAUCCAAAUGGGGCCCAGGCCAUAAUAUCGCAAAGCCAGUCUCUCGUCCAUGGCGAUGUCGGAGGAAAGACGGCUUCGAGCACUGGAACCAACACUCCGAAAUCUGACGGCAACAUUCUCUUUGAGUGUACGGUGUGCAAGCGCCAAAUGGCUUCCAAUAGAUUUGCCCCACACCUGAGUGCUUGCAUGGGGAUAGGGACCGGAAGCAGGCGUGCAGCUCCUCGCGGGACAAAUCUCAAGACGAAGAUUCCCAUUGAGCCUGGCCGAUCAGCAUCUCCGUACCCAGGUUCAGAAAAUGGCAACGCUUCAGAUGAUAACUCGAAUGGGAAGGGCAAGGCAAAGGGCAAAGGAAAGCGCGCAGAUGAUGCAGACUUUAAUCUGAAGCGAAAACGACCCAUAUCACCUCAGACAUCACCGACGAAAAAGCCCACGAAGAAACUAAAAACAGCAGGGUCCCCGGUGUCUCGUCUCAAAGCAGAUCCAGCCAGAAGCGGCACGACUGCAAGCAAUACUCUUCAAGUGCCUCCAUCGUCUUCCCAAUCCAAAGUCCCAUCUAAACUUCGUUCUUCGUCUACUGCCUCUUUCCUUGAGCGCGAUCGCUCUUCCACCCCAGGUUCUCAAUCAUCUGUUGGCACGCCCAUUGCGUCGACAUCGUCAGCGAUAUCAGCGAGGAGCGCUGCAGGCACAGGUCCGCCCAAACGUGGGCGUCCCAAGGGCAGUAAGACAGGCACGGGUAGGGGUGCGCUGGCUGCCCAGCAGAAGCGCCCGAGUCCCCCAAAACUACUACCACCACCACCGCCUCCGCCGCCCGCGCCUGCUGUGAGAAUUGAACCAGACUAUCUCGUCGAUGUCGAAGGGGACGAGACUGGGUCGUCAACUGACACCGACGGCUGAUUAUACGACAAUUAGCCUUUUCUCGUUUUGCCAUACGAUUGCAUGCACAAGUACUUCCCAUCUACUGUUGU